AUGCUUCUCUGUGCUUCGAUUCAAAAACCACGAUAUGCAAUUAGAAGCACAUGGGGUUCAGUUAAAUUGUUCAGGCAAUGGCGGCUGCAUUUAGUUUUUCUGCUUGGAAUUGAUCCGACCACUGAUCCCAAUAGUCACAUAGAACAACGACUUCGGGACGAGAGUGAAGAAUUUGGCGACAUGGUCAUGGGAAACUUUGUCGAUUCAUACAGAAAUCUCACGUAUAAACACCUCAUGGGGUAUAAAUGGGUGAGCACAUUCUGCCCUACGGCAAAGUUUAUCUUAAAAUCCGACGACGAUAUUUACGCAGACAUUUUCCAAAUAAUCGACGUUCUAUUGAUGGAGCUUAUAAAUGCGAGGAAAACGUAUGCUUGUUUAAACAUGUGGGGUGCUAAACCGAACCGAACAAUGGGAAACAGAUGGUACAUCCCGAAAGAAGUUUUUCCGAGCGAUACUUACCCAGAUUAUUGCUCUGGUAGUGCGUACCUAAUGAGAGCUGAUGAUGCGUCGAAAAUCUAUUCCAUAAGCAACCGAACCAAAUUUUUUUGGGUGGACGAUGUGUUCGUUACGGGGGUGUUACGUGAAAAAUACGAUGAAAUUGCCGAUAGUGGGAGCAAUGCCCGCUUGGAAAUUUUAUCUUUCGAUCAUCUAUAUCAUUUGGACGCAAAGACAGAGCUAAUAAAUUGGUGCUCCGCAGACUUAAGUACAAAUCAAUUAAAUUAUCACUUCGUUCUACUGGACGAUGAGAACUUUAUUCGAGAUAUGUACUGUAUGUGGAACAAGGUGAGACUGAUGAGAUUUGCGAUGAAUCUUGGAUCAACAUAA